CCCAGCACCUUUGACCCGACACCAAUGUGCGUCUUGUUUGGAUUUGGAAAUACGGUCAUAUAAAUUCAGUAGUCGGUCCAGCUCAGUCCAGCUCACGAAAGUGUGAACGCAUCUUCAAACACAUUUUUUGAAUGAUCACGUGUGUCAUCUGCCAGCGCGCCAGUGCCGUAGAAAACGGGGCAAGAGUCAUCUUCCGAGCAGUGAAAAAAGUUCAUGGAGUUAAUAAAACCGUGUCGCCGCGUCCGUCAGUUCGCUGCGGCUCCGAUUCCCUGCAGUAGCGAUGCAGUACAGACUUGACUCUUGACAUCGCGGUGCUGCACCCAAAAAGUAUAUCUGACUGGAUAACGCAUGUGAAUACCCAAGUGAAAACUAGGAGGUGACAAAAAAUAAGAUACAUGUAAAGAAAAAAUUGCGCGGAAAAUUCCCCAAUAAACCGAACGAAUAAAAUUUGAUCUCCGGUAUUUCACAUUAGCUUAUCGGAGUGAGUACGAGCGUGUAAUAAAGACGUAACUAAUCGUAAAUAAAUAUACGAAAACCGAUUGUCGCGGCGUUAUUUAUCGCAAAUAGAUAUCCCGCUCCAAGAAUAGAGUAAUCAUCGCUUAUUUUCCUUAUCAUACCCCGCCACUGCGGCGUUUAUGAGUCGAUGAGCUCGCGAAACCCACUAUAUAUAUGUAUAAAUACACAUGAAAUCGUAAUUUUCUUAGUACGCACGUAAUCUUCCGAGCGUAACAGAGAGCAAAGUGAAAAUCGUGAAUGAUCGCAAAAGAGAGAGACGCAUCGCUGGGUUCUGAUAGUCCCGAGUUGGGGAGGAAAGAUUCUUAUCAUUGUUUUUUUCAAGAUAGAAAGAAAGAGAGACAGAGAGUGCGAAUGAGUCGUUCUUCUCUGUUAUGUGGGUCCAUGGGUGCGUGCGCCAAGUGCGCUUGUGCAAUUUAACAGUGUAGAUAAUGUGCUGUAUAGAUAUAUAGUUAUAUGCAAGUGUAUAUUUAACUAAUCGUCGGCGAAGGGGUGAGGGGGUGGGAGAAGAGAGGAAUAGCGAAGAAGCGACGUGACGGUUCUGUGGGUGCGAGGGAGGCGAUAACUCGCGUAAGGCUGUUCCAUCUCAGCCACGCGAAAAUCGUUUGUACAUCGCCCUCCGCAAUUUAAAAAAACAACCUGUGUCAUCGCGUAUUUACUUCAACAAAAUUACGAAACAACGGAGCUAUGAGUGUUUUCGGUGAUUUUCAGCGUGUCUGGGUCGAAAGAUUCCCGGACAGCGCGCUACCGGCUGCGUGGGAAGAGGACGUUCGUGCUAAUCUGGUCAAACACAAGCAAAAGGUUGCCACACUGAGAGAAGAAUUGGAAAAAGAAGAAUUUUAUGUUGAGUAUUUGGAGCGCUUAUUGGCAGAUGUGGAACGACAUAAACAAUUAGCAAACGAUGCUGGAAAUUCACCGAGCGCAGAAACAAAAACUGAUUUAAGAUUACGACAGUGCAACAAAAAAAUAGUCGAAGAGCCGAAGAUCGAAGAUUGUUCACAGACAGGGCCGAAUUGGCAGACAAAAGAUUCACCAAGCGAAGAUCUUUCUUUGCCGGCCAGCAAUACCAUCAGCGACAUUAGCAAAUUGCAAGACAAGUGCGUCUCUGAACUGAGCUGUGCACUCACUUCUUCUCGAAGACCCAAAAGCGAAAUACCUGGAAAUUUGGAAAAAAGAGAAAUUUUGAGAAGAAAGAGCAAUCCUGACAUUCCCAGUAAUUAUGUCACUGUCAUUGAAGUAACUGGCAGCAGCAAAAAAGAAAAAGUUGAACGGGAUGACGAAGAAGACGAAGAUGAGAAUGAAAACGAAAAAGAAGCUGAAAAAAUAACCAACGAGGAUGGUGGCGAAGAUGGAGAUGCGGAAGCUUCGGAAGAAGAACCAUAUUACGAUUCCGUAGCUCUUGAUCAAACUGGCGAAUACGUAUAUAUCGACGCGCGUAUUCCGAUCGUAACAAAUAAUAAUGGUAACAGCGCAAUUGGUAUCGGUGGCAAUAGCAACAGUAAAAUAAUCGCUAACAACAGCAAUAACGUCAGAACACCGAUUAGAAGGCCACCAUCGCUUCCAGACUCACCGGGAAAUCGUAGCAAUUACGUCAAUAUCGAUUAUUUCAUACAGCAUAGAGCUGCGAUUGACAGUGAAGAUGAGGAGGGAGCGAGUCCAGCACCGACGAUUCUUUUGAGGGCACUGAGUACCGAUAACGAGACUGGAAGCAGCGAUGCCGAGCCACUGAGUCUCAGCGAAGGCAGCUUGGAAUCACCGACUCCCACAACUCCACGUAGACAACAGGAUAAGGACAAAGAAAGUCGCGACGAUGAUAGAACGACUAUGGUCAAGUGUAUUGUAAAUUCCGUCGUCGAGAGCGAAACCGUUUACGUUGAAUGUUUGACUGUUAUGCUACAGUACAUGAAAGCCAUCAGAGCUACUUUAACAACUUCGCAGCCGGUUAUUUCGGAAGAAGAAUUUGGUACGAUGUUUUACAAAAUUCCGGAACUUCACGGUUUGCAUCAAAACUUUUUGGACGAUUUGAGUCUCAAGUUAGAGGCGUGGGACGGUAAAACAACAAUCGGUGAACAAUUCAAGGUAAUGGCCAGCAAUAUUGGGCUUUAUGGUGCCUUUUUGCAUAAUUAUGCUCGUGCCACGGACACAGUGCGACGGUGCUCAGCUCACUCGACACAAUUUGGAGAAAUUACGAGAGACAUAAGACUCAGAGGAUUUCCAAAAGGACCUGGAUUAUCCUUAGAAGAUUUGUUGCACAAACCAGUCGCAAGAGUUCAAAAAAAUGCUCUCGUAUUACACGAUCUCUUGAAGCACACACCUAUCAAUCAUGCUGAUCAUGCGCCACUUUCUGAAGCUCUUGCUAUGACGAGAAAUUUUUUGGACGAAUUCAAUAUUAUACAAACAAAAUCAAUGUUUCCGAGUCACGAUAGAGCACAAAGACGAUUAGUAAAAAACUCAUUCGUUGUUGAAUUGUCGGAUGGUCAUCGUAAGUUGAGACACCUUUUUCUCUUCAAUGACGUGAUCGCGUGUGCCAAGUACAAAGCUUCGGGAAGGGACAAAUUUACUUUCGAACUCAAAUGGUACGUCCCUGUUGCUGAGGCAAGUGUUUCUGAUGGAAUGGAUGGAAUCGAGCCCAGGGAAGCCAGUCCAGCGAAUGUUGUAUCGUUAAGAUCGCAGGCUUGUACAGUCCGGGAUCAAAUAUUAUGGGAAGAGCGAAACGAUGAGAAGCGUACGAGACUUGGCGGUAGAGUGUCUGAAAAAAAUCGCAAAAAAUUGGCCGAGCUAGAGGCUCAAUUGGUUCUGGCAUCGCCAAAUUUGGUACUCCGAGUUUCACACAAGAGUCAAAAUCGUAUUCAUAAUUCUUACACGUUUUUCUUGUCGAGUGAAUUCGAGAGAUGUCAAUGGGUCGAAGCAGUCGAUGCUCUUCAGCAGGGAGGACAACCACCCGGACCGCUUCCUCUUUCGAUGUACGAACUUCAGGCUUGGGUCACAGCGUGUCGAACAUAUUUGCAGACCGACAUGGGCAGCUAUCUCUUAAGGUCAGGUCGCGACGAGAGUCUUUUGCUUGGCGAUUUACACCUCACUCUCGUUGGAUUGACACCGCCAGGUCUCGAUCGUCCUGGCGACCUCUACGUUAUUGUUGAGGUUGACAGUUACGGUCACUAUUUCAAGAGAGCUAAGAGCCGCAUCGCCAGAGGACAAGCACCUACAUGGGGAGAAACGUUCGUUGUCGAGUUGGAGGGGAGUCAAAAUGUGCGGAUACUCUUAUACGAGGAGUGUGGUGGCACCCGUUCGGUAUUACGUGGAAAAUGCACGCAACGUUUGAGCAGAUCGUGGCUCCAGUCUGAACAAGUUGAAAGAAGCUUAAAUCUUGGACCAGCGAGUCUUGAUGUUGCUCUUAGAUUCGUCCCUAGUGAAGUUACACUUCGACGAGUUCCCUCGGCAAAACCGCAAGGAUUAUUCGGUGCAAAAAUUCAACAAGUUUGCAAGAGAGAAAAACGUGACGUUCCAUUCAUCGUGACAGCGUGCGUACGCGAAGUUGAAAGACGAGGUGUCGCUGAGGUCGGGCUUUAUCGCGUUUCGGGCUCAGCCUCAGAUCUCGCGAAAUUACGGAAGUCUUUCGAGAGCAAUUCUUACGAAGCGGAGCAAUUGUUAAAAGAGGUCGACGUGCAUUCAGUGACAGGCGUUUUGAAGCUGUAUUUACGCGAAAUGCCUGAAGCCCUUUUUACCGACGCAUUUUAUCCUGCAUUCGUGGAAGCAUUUCAGGGCAGCAGCGACUCAAAUCGGGCGGUAGCACUUCGUCGCGUAUACGAGUGUCUUCCGGCUGUAAACAAAGCUGUAAUUGAUUUUAUAUUGUCGCAUUUGAUACGGGUGAACAAGCAUGAGGCACAGAACAAAAUGUCGUUACACAAUCUUGCCACAGUCUUCGGCCCGACCCUGCUUAGGCCGGGCACGUCUAAUUCCUCGCGUUCGAAUUCCGAUCCUAAAAGUCGCGAUCCAUUGGCAGCUGGUACGGUCGACGUAAUGGCGCAGGCCGGAAUUUUGUACUGUUUUUUACAAAUGAAUAUUCAACAGAACAAUCGAUCACUCUAAUCUAGUCGGAAGUGGCCACGGGAAAGUUGAACAAUAAAAGAGUAAGAGAUGAAGAAUGACAAGAAGAAAAAACACGCCACGAUUGCUACAAAAAUUAUACAAAAAUACACGGAAAAAUGAAAAUAGAAAACAAAAAACGGAACGGCAAAACAGUAACUAAAAUUGAAGACUGCACAAUUUCAAAAAGGACCGAGGGCCCCGAAAUUAUUGACAAUAUCGAAUCAGCCGGAUCUCUUGACGGGUCUGGAACAAAAGAAACUAACAGAGGAAAAAACGUUUGAAAUUAAAUUUUUUAAAGUUUAACGAAAGACGGAAAAAAAGAGACCGGGAAUAAUUUUUAUGUUCUUUCCCGGUGGUCCAUAGUUUUUUAAUAAUAAUAUAAACGAAUAGAUAUGGAUAUGGUAAAGCGAGAAGACUCAGCGUUUCUUGUAUUCUACCAGAAUUAGCCAAUUUCAAUCGCUAAAAAGUAAUCCAAUUCUCGCUGUCUUUGUUCUUGCUGUCUUUAUUGCAAUACCGAUGUUCUUCGAAUACUCGUUACGAUUCUCAUGUAUUUUCGCAUAAAUUUACACAAUUCAACAUUCAACAAUCGAAGUAACUCCAUUAUUCCGUCGUGGACAUUCAAAUAUUUCAAUAACGUCCGAAUUUCUUUAUCGCCUUAAAUGUUCAAGGAAAAUCUUUUUUUUAUCGAUAUUAAAAAAGUAACUAUGAAUAGCGAGAUUAUUUCAUAAAGUAAUUUAAUCGAAGAUUCAAAUUCCUGUAUAACAAAUAAUCGACGGAGCUUUAUUACACAUAUAAUCUCGCAUUGAAAUCGAACAAAGGUGAAAGAAAAAAAAACAAACAAACCAGUGUGUUCCUAUGACGAAAGCACGAAAUUUCGAAUUUCGUUUUUUGUAUUUUUUAUUAUUAUUCCUGUUCGCAAGGGAAGGGAAAUGCGAAAAAAAUUGCGGUACGAUGCUCAGCUUUUUUACAUUUUUAUAUAUGUAUAGACACACACACACAAACACACAUAUAUAUAUAUAUAUAUCGUAUCUUAUUAUCUUUAUAUCCAUACAUAACUUUUAGGAUGAUUUUUUUUUUAUAACGACAUUGGAAAUCGUCAGCACUGACUUUCACAACUUUUGUACAUUCAUACACGACAUGUAAAGACGAUAAAGGAAAGAUAAACGAUGACAUACGUCUAUUAUAAAUUGUA